UUUACCCAGGCCUCGGCGCAUAGGCGCUCGGCCGAGGCAGCUCGGCGUGGAAGCGCGAGGCGCUAGGCAGCCAGGAGGGUCGGUGCGGCGCUGGGAGCCGGCGAGCGCGCCCUCGGUGUUGGCAGCCGCGAUGUCUGCUCAGUGCUGUGCGGGCCAGCUGGCCUGCUGCUGUGGGUCUGCAGGCUGCUCUCUCUGCUGUGAUUGCUGCCCCAGGAUUCGGCAGUCCCUGAGCACCCGCUUCAUGUACGCCCUCUACUUCAUUCUGGUCGUUGGCCUCUGCUGCAUCAUGAUGUCAACAACUGUAGCUCACAAGAUGAAAGAGCACAUCCCUUUUUUUGAAGAAAUGUGUAAAGGCAUUAAAGCUGGUGACACCUGUGAGAAGCUGGUGGGAUAUUCUGCUGUAUAUAGAGUCUGUUUUGGAAUGGCUUGUUUCUUCUUUAUCUUCUGUCUACUGACCUUGAAAAUCGACAAUAGCAAAAGUUGUAGAGCUCGUAUUCACAAUGGCUUUUGGUUCUUUAAACUUCUGCUGCUGGGGGCCAUGUGCUCAGGAGCUUUCUUCAUUCCAGAUCAGGACACCUUUCUGAACGCCUGGCGCUACGUGGGAGCCAUCGGAGGCUUCCUCUUUAUCGGCAUCCAGCUCCUCCUGCUUGUGGAAUUUGCACAUAAGUGGAACAAGAACUGGACAGCAGGCACGGCCAGUAACAAGCUCUGGUACGCCUCGCUGGCCCUGGUGACGCUCAUCAUGUAUUCUGUUGCCACUGGAGGCUUGGUUUCGAUGGCAGUGUUUUACACACAGAAAGAUGGCUGCAUGGAAAACAAAAUUCUGCUGGGAGUGAACGGAGGCCUGUGCCUGCUUAUUUCAUUGGUAGCCAUCUCGCCCUGUGUCCAAAAUCGACAGCCACACUCGGGGCUCCUACAAUCAGGGGUCAUAAGCUGCUAUGUCACCUACCUCACCUUCUCAGCUCUGUCCAGCAAACCUGCAGAAGUAGUUCUAGAUGAGCAUGGGAAAAAUAUUACAAUCUGUGUGCCUAACUUUGGUCAAGACCUGUACAAAGAUGAAAACUUGGUGACUAUACUGGGGACCGGCCUCUUAAUCGGAUGUAUCUUGUAUUCUUGUUUGACAUCAACCACGAGAUCGAGUUCCGAUGCUCUGCAGGGGCGAUAUGCAGCUCCUGAGCUGGAAAUAGCUCGCUGUUGUUUUUGCUUCAGUCCUGGUGGAGAGGACACUGAAGAGCAGCAGCCGGGGAAGAAGGGGCCGCGGGUCAUUUAUGACGAGAAGAAAGGCACCGUCUACAUCUACUCCUACUUCCACUUCGUGUUCUUUCUGGCUUCCCUCUAUGUGAUGAUGACUGUCACCAACUGGUUCAACUACGAAAGUGCCAACAUGGAGAGCUUCUUCAGCGGGAGCUGGUCCAUCUUCUGGGUCAAGAUGGCCUCCUGCUGGAUCUGUGUGCUGUUGUACCUGUGGACGCUGGUCGCUCCCCUCUGCUGCCCCACCCGGCAGUUCUCCGUUUGACAAUGUCAGUGGUCCCCUGGGCUCUGUGGGCCUGCAGCCUGGAAAGUGCCAUCUUUUGAACAGUGUCCCCGGGGGUUAAGUGGUGACUGGCGCCCUGUGCCUAAGUGGGUCUGAAAAGGCUUUCAGAAAAAAAAAAUCUCCUGAUUAGAUUUUUACUUUUGAAAUUCAAAAAGAAACUACCAGUUUGUCCGAAAGGAAUUGAAAUUUUCAACUAAACUGAUCAUGGUUG